AAUAUUAAGACCAAAUUCAUGCCAUAAAACUAAAAAAAAAAUAAAAAAAAUGAAGCUAUCCUCCAUUUCUAUUAUCUUCUUCUUUGCUACCCUGCAGGCGCUAUCAGUAUUGCAGGUGAACUCACAAUCCACAGAUUCAUGCAAUUCCAACCUAAAUCUUGAUUUACCCUUUGAUACAUCUUUGCUUAAUUGCCUUCCAGUUUGGAGCCGACAUGAUUUCAUCCUUAGAUACGUUAGGAACUUGUCGAACGUUUGGAACUUCGUUCUGUCGGCUCCCGACACGAAUUCCUUCGUCGCGAUGGGGUUUUCGACCACCGGGCAGAUGGUUGGUUCGAGCGCCGUGGUUGGCUGGGUCUCGGCGGACGGUAGUGGAACCGUGAAACAGUACUUUCUGGGAGGGCAGCGGCCGAAUUUAGUGGUGGCUGAUCAAGGGAACCUGACGAUCGUGGAGAAUUCUACCUCCAUAACAUCACGAUCGUCGCGAGUGUACUUGGCGUUCCAGUUGAACACAAGUCAACCACUGUCGCGGGUGUUGUAUUCGGUGGGGCAAAUUAGGGUGAUUCCAUCUGCGCCGGGCUUUGCUUUGGCUGAACACCGCGACAAAGUCUCCACACUCUUGAAUUAUCGUACAGGCACAAGUGCAUCGGAUAGCCAACAUUCAAGACUAAGGAAGAGCCAUGGAAUACUGAAUAUGCUAAGUUGGGGCAUACUGAUGAUAAUCGGAGCCAUGGCUGGUCGCUACUUCAAGCAAUGGGAUCCCAUGUGGUUUUAUUCCCACGCCGCCAUUCAGUCAUGCGCCUUCCUGCUGGGCCUUGCCGGUAUCAUUUCCGGUUUCGUCCUAGAAGAUCGUCUCAAUGCCGAAGUCGACACCCACAAAGCUCUAGGCAUCCUCAUUCUCGUGCUCGGAUGCCUCCAGGUAAUGGCGGUGUUUGCAAGGCCAGGGAAGGAAUCAAAGGUGCGUAAAUACUGGAACUGGUACCAUCACAAUGGGGGCAGAAUUGUGAUACUAAUUGCAAUAGCAAAUGUGUUCUACGGGAUUCAUUUGGGUGAAGAUGAUGGAACAUCAUGGAAUGCUGCCUACGCUGUUGUUAUUUCUAUCUUAUUUUUACUUUCUAUUAUUUUAGAGGUUAAAUUGUGGAGGCAAAAUUAGUCAACUUCAGCUCCACUACUCUUUUUUAUUUUUUUUUAAUUAAUGUUUUUUUUCUCUCUCUUUAAAUAUAAACCCUCUCCCUAUUUCUCCAUGUAAGUUAUGAAUUUUGUUUUUAUAUUUUAGUUUAACUUUUUU